AAAAAGGAAACAAGAAAACGAAAUACGUUUUUCUACGAUAUUUUUGUAAUUUACAAAAUUAUUGUGAACCUAUUGAUCUUAAGUGUUUAAAUGGCAACUGAAGAGGAACAGCUCAGCCAGGUAAUUUUGCCGGUCAAAGAGCCGCUAGACCUAAUUCGCCUCAGCUUGGAUGAGAAAGUGUACGUAAAAAUGCGUAAUGAGCGGGAAUUGAGAGGACGAUUACACGCGUUCGACCAGCACUUGAAUAUGGUCCUAGGUGAUGCUGAAGAAACAGUAACCACCGUUGAAAUCGAUGAAGAAACGUAUGAAGAGGUGUACAAGACCACGAAACGCACCAUUCCCAUGCUGUUUGUGCGAGGGGAUGGCGUUAUACUGGUCUCGCCUCCUAUGCGAGUGGGCUAGAUGGGCUGGAUGAGUGAGAGUGGAAGUGGUAGAUAAGCUGUCCCAUUGUGUUAAUUAAGAACGCUGCAUUUUUCAAAUUAUAUUAAUAUUGCUUGAAAUAAAGUGCUACCGAUUGUGUGUAUCAAUUAAGAGAA